CACCUUAUAAGCACUGUUCAAGAAUAUGGCUAUUGCAUAAAGUGGAAAAAAAACUUGUACUGAGAUCUUUUAUCAGUUUUUUUUAAAACAAGAAGUUGAGUGAAUUUGUAUUCAAAUCUAUUAAGUAAUAGUCUGAUUGUUGUAUAAUCUAGAGCAUUAUUUCUGUGUCUCAGGAAGCUGAAUAUGGUGGGCAUGAUCAAAUAGAUUUAUAUGAUGAUGUCAUAUCUCCAUCUGCAAAUAAUGGAGAUGCCCCAGAAGAUCGAGAUUACAUGGAUACUCUCCCACCAACUGUUGGUGAUGAUGUGGGUAAAGGAGCAGCACCAAAUGUUGUUUAUACAUAUACUGGAAAAAGAAUAGCAUUGUAUAUUGGAAAUCUAACAUGGUGGACAACAGAUGAAGACUUAACUGAAGCAGUUCAUUCUUUGGGAGUAAAUGAUAUUUUGGAGAUAAAAUUUUUUGAAAAUCGGGCAAAUGGUCAGUCAAAGGGGUUUGCCCUUGUUGGUGUUGGAUCUGAAGCAUCUUCAAAAAAGUUAAUGGAUCUGUUGCCUAAAAGAGAGCUUCAUGGUCAAAAUCCUGUUGUUACUCCAUGCAAUAAACAGUUCCUGAGUCAAUUUGAAAUGCAGUCCAGGAAAACUACACAAUCAGGACAAAUGUCUGGGGAAGGUAAAGCUGGUCCUCCAGGAGGCAGUUCACGUGCAGCAUUUCCACAAGGUGGUAGAGGACGGGGCCGUUUUCCAGGGGCUGUUCCCGGUGGGGACAGAUUUCCUGGGCCAGCAGGACCAGGAGGGCCACCCCCACCUUUUCCAGGAAAUUUGAUCAAGCAUCUUGUUAAAGGAACUCGGCCUUUGUUCCUGGAAACUAGGAUUCCAUGGCAUAUGGGGCACAGCAUAGAGGAAAUACCCAUUUUUGGCCUAAAAGCUGGACAGACUCCACCACGUCCACCCUUAGGUCCUCCAGGCCCACCUGGUCCACCAGGUCCUCCACCUCCUGGUCAGGUUCUGCCUCCUCCUCUAGCUGGGCCUCCUAAUCGAGGAGAUCGCCCUCCACCACCAGUUCUUUUUCCUGGACAACCUUUUGGGCAACCUCCAUUGGGUCCGCUUCCUCCUGGCCCACCACCUCCAGUUCCAGGCUACGGCCCCCCUCCUGGUCCACCACCUCCACAACAGGGACCACCUCCACCUCCAGGCCCUUUUCCACCUCGUCCACCUGGUCCACUUGGGCCACCCCUUACACUUGCACCUCCUCCGCAUCUUCCUGGACCACCUCCAGGUGCCCCUCCGCCAGCUCCACAUGUGAACCCGGCUUUCUUUCCUCCACCAACUAACAGCGGCAUGCCUACAUCAGACAGCCGGGGUCCGCCACCAACAGACCCAUAUGGCCGACCUCCACCAUAUGAUAGGGGUGACUAUGGGCCCCCUGGAAGGGAAAUGGAUACUGCAAGAACACCAUUGAGUGAAGCUGAGUUUGAAGAAAUCAUGAAUAGAAACAGGGCAAUUUCAAGCAGUGCUAUUUCCAGAGCUGUGUCUGAUGCCAGUGCUGGUGAUUAUGGGAGUGCUAUUGAGACAUUGGUAACUGCAAUUUCUUUAAUUAAACAAUCCAAAGUAUCUGCUGAUGAUCGUUGCAAAGUUCUUAUUAGCUCUUUGCAAGAUUGCCUUCAUGGAAUUGAAUCCAAGUCAUAUGGUUCUGGAUCAAGAAGACGUGAACGAUCAAGAGAGAGAGACCAUAGUAGAUCACGAGAAAAGAGUCGGCGUCAUAAAUCCCGUAGUAGAGAUCGUCAUGAUGAUUAUUACAGAGAGAGAAGCAGAGAACGAGAGCGACACCGGGAUCGUGACCGAGACCGUGACCGAGAACGUGACCGAGAGCGCGAGUAUCGUCAUCGUUAGAAGCUGAAGGAAGAGGAUCACCUUCCAAGACAAAACAGUCUUCAUGGGGGAAAAAUGACGCUUGUCCAGCAGUUUACUUCUUGUGAUUGAACUGAACCUGUAAGGAUUCAUGGAUAAAAUGAACAGGAAUAGAUCUGAAUAAAGCAAAUCUGCAUAAAUGGUAACCAGUAGCUCUACUUUUAUUUUUUAUGUUGCUUAACUGUUUUAUUUGAAGGAAACCUGUGUGAUAUUAAAAAGUUAUAGCUUUUGCAACUUUAUUACUGGUUAUAUACAUUUGGCUAUUAUAAUGUGCAAGCAAUUGGAAAAGUCAAGUAAAUGCUUGUUUUUAUAGUAGUUUGUUCUUGUUAAAAAUGUUCAUAUGAUAAUGUCUGUAAACAGCACCACUUUGAUUACAAUAGAUGUAGUGUUGUAAUAAACUGUUUAAUGGGGCUGAUGUGUAAAGCUGUUCAAGUUAUUUGAUGUUUACACCUCAGGGAAAGUCUUGUGUUCAGCAAUAUCUAAAGAUAAUGUUACUAUGACAACAUUUUUAUUGUCCUUUAAAAAAGCAUUGCAAUAGCAUUUUUGGAUAUGCAUCUAAUCUUGCGUUCAGUGAAUUAAACAUACUAAUUAAGUGUCUCUUGGCCUUGAUUUUGAUAUUAGAAUAGGUGAUUACAUGGAUAUUUAAUAUUUCUAUAUCCUGCUUUUCUAGCUGUUUUUACCUAGUUAGCUUGUGACUUUGCUUAAUGGUAUGUAAACUUGUAAAAAAACUGAAAUUUGAGACAUAGCAAUCCAGUCAAUGUGUUAAGGGUCAAAAAAUAUUUGAGGUUUUAACAUUUUAGUAAAACCCAUACAUAUUUGCUAUGUAAUGCAGCUUAAUUACAACACAGAUGUACUAAACAAUUGUGAACUGCUGACAUCAAAGAAAUAUUUUGACAAUUCUGGUUUGAUGCUGCGGUUAUUUGCUGUUUUUUAUUGGUGGUGCUUAUGGUUAUUUUUGAAGCCAUGGGCAAUGUAAAUACAGCCAUGCAGCAGAUCAUUGUGAGUAAAGAGAGCCUUAGUUUUCCUUUCUGAUUGGUAUAGAUUUUUGAAGGAUGUGAUGUUUAUAAACAUUGGUUUGUAUUCUCCAGUAUAUGUCAUGAGAGAUUAGAGGUAUACCCUGUCUUGCACAGUUUACGGAAUUCUGUGUAUAUUCGUGCAACCUGUUGAUUCAUGACUAUAGUUAUUUAAUCAAAUUUUUUUUCAGACUUGCCUUAUAUACAGGCCCAAAUUAAGCAGCUGGCUAGCAUGUGUUCUUAAUUGCAAAAUUGGCAGAGACAGAAUGUCGACUCAAUUAGAUGUUUUUAUAGGAAGAUAAUUCUGAAUCACUACUUUAGAAAUUUGAGUUAAAAUUCUUGAGCAAAUUAGUUAAUGUAUUUUAAAGAUUUGUUUAUCUUUGAGAGAUCUUAUGAUAAUACACAUUGGUUUUUAAAGUUUAGCCAAAUUUUAGGACAAUGCUUAAGGUAUUUAGGUACCCUAGAUAUUAUGUUAUGUGCAACUGUAGAAGCCCUUCAGAGAUUUCUACUGCUGUUCUUCAGUUUUGUUGUGUCUGCUGUCAAAGCACUUCUCACAAAAUUAGCUGUUUCGAACUAUCCAUACUAUUGCCAGUUUUAUUUUAAAAUAUUUUGUGUUAGGAGUAUCUGCAUGGGAUAUUGGUGUUUAUCAGAACUGUUUGCUCUCAUAAAUGAUUUUUUAAGUGUUUUAUCUUGUUGAAAAUGCAGUUGCCUUUCUAACAUUUGAGAGUUGUUUCAAAAUUGAUUUCUGUUUUCUGUAUAUUGUUAGUGUUUGUUAUUUCUUAGAUUUUUAAAAUAUUUUAAUUACAAUAUCCUAAUGGGAAGAAGUAUGGACAUAAAUAUUUUACAAGGGAAAUUAGUUAAUAGUAAGAUUAAAAGGUAAGUAAAAUGUUCAUGAGAAUAAAAUUUUCUCUGAACAAUUUAAAAAUUAACUGCACUUGAAUUUGAAACUGGACAUUUUGUACUAAUUAAAUCCUUUAUUUACUUUUUCAUUUUUUUUUAUCAGUGGAACCCUUUAAUUGCUUCUUUAUAUCACUCUUCUCCCUGCUGACUGAUCUCAUUACAUGACUUUUGUUGCAGACAGUGUGAGUGUACUAUAUGUGUUUGCUGCUAGUCCAUUAUUUUAAGUGUUGUCAGAUGGAAAUCAGCUUUUUGGUUUGACCAAGUAAUCUUACAAAGUCUUUCUUUACCUGAUAACACAUGAAUGUAUAGCAGUAAAGGUGAGAAUUUCAAACCUUCUUUUUUUCUUCAUACCCUCCUUCUCUUGUUAAUGGGUUGAUGUUAUUUGAAAACUUUUUAAUGUGUAAAAAAAAAAAAAUCCAAAGAGAGAAAUCCUUGCACAGACAACAAAAAAGAGUGUCUCAGAGACUUUCAUUUUUUUUCCCUUAAUUAGUAACUACGGUGGAUAUGAGAACAAACGUGAUUUGAGUCUUACAUAGCAUUUAUUAGUGCUAUACAGUCACAUUCCUUUCAGCCAGUAGUCAAGUUAUAGAUGAGUGAUACAGCACCUGAGUGGUAUUGCUUCUGAAGCACCACUUUGAAUUGAAAGUGCUACUCUUGCUUAAAGGAAUUAUGUGUGGAAAGCAUAUUUCAGUGUAAAUUUGCAGGCGUUUAUUUUGUCAACUUUCAUAAGCAAGAUUUGGAGUGAGUUGCAGUGACUUUUGAUUAUAGUUUAGUCCAUUCAAUGGCCCUUUUCCCUAGAAUGUUCUUAAGCAGUUAACUACAAUUUGGAGUUCACAGAUAACUUGUAGCUUAAGAUAUUAUUUUCAUUUAAUUCUCCUGUGGAGAAUAUUGCUUUAUUUUUUUACUAGUUUCAGGUCAGUUCUUAAACAUGGAAGUUUUAAUGAAUGUUGUAUAAUAUUUUAUAGUGAAAGGGGGAAAUUGUUGAAAGGGUAAAGACUUUCUCUUUCCCUUAUGUAUUUAAAUGUGCCAAUAAUCUAAAUACAUACUGUUUUAUACAAUGAGAUGUUACUACAAGAAUUUUGUGUUAGAGUACUCUUGACAUUUUGGUUUUCAUAGCUGAAUGAUCAUUACAUUUUCUGUAUCUUAUAAAAUGACUCCAAUUUUGUGUUUUAAGCUUCAACUUAAGUUAUUUUAAGAGGAAAUUUAUGUUUUGGGAAUACAAUAGUGAGAUUCUCAUUGUUUUGCAGAUAACUGCUUUUUAAAUUUUUUUCAUUAAGUUCAUUUGCAUCCAUCCCAUAACCCUCUGUAAAUGUUUCCCCUAGUUGUAUGUACUUAAAUGCACGCUUAUUCAUUGUACAUAUUAGACAUUUUUGUGCUAAAAUAUAUUAAGUGGGAUUUUUGUAGCAAAGCAUUCUAUUCUUCUGUUCUUACAGUGUGUCUGUGUGUGUGUUUUAAACAUUAACCUUCAGUUUAAACACUGGUGUAUUUAUUUUUUAGCAACUUGACUCUUAGAAGCCUUAGACUAAUUUUUCAAUAAAUUUUCAACCAAAAAUUAUAAAUUUAUUAAGAUGUGGCCUUACAUAUGGCAUUCCUUGUGUUUGUAAUGUGAGAUUUUUGAUUUAGAGAGAUUUAAGAUUCAGGAUUAAAGUUUCAUUGAAGUUGAAAGAGAACAUGUUAAAAUGUCUAGGCUUCUGAGAGAAAGUUCUUAUACUCUUCUUUCUUGGCAUUAGAAAGAAGCAAUAUGGAUUUUUACGAAUAUUCUAAAUAUUCAGGCAAUUGUCCUGUUCAGAUUGAUUUUGGUUUGUCUUAACCAGUGUUUUUUUAGAAAUUUCAGGUUGUUGGCAUUCAUUGAGUAUGCAGCUAGUAUGGUUUUUGUAUGGGAUAUAUAAAUACUUGGUUAUAUACAGACAGAUUUUAAUGUUUUUAAAAGGCUUCCCACUAUAUUAAUUAACAUUGUAAUGGGAGAUCUUUUAAGUAUUAGGUUGAAUUUAAUUGAAGUCACACAAAUCUUGAAAUGGUAUCUGUGGAUAGUAAAUACUGCCAAGAGUUUUUCAUGUGGGAGUGUCCUAAAACUCCGCCAUGGGUGUAAAUGUUUUACAUUAAUUUCAUAAUUGGACAGACCCUGCAUUUAGUAAAACAUUUCAUUUUGAAGGUGUGUUUUUGUCGCCCUGUUACUGCGUAACACUUGGCAUUAUGUAAGUUAAAUUAUUUUAAAAUACAAUGAUGAAUUCAUGUUUGUUUAUUUUUUUUACUUUGAGAAUUGUAGUACUCAGGUGGUAUUUAAUGGGAAAGGAUCCUUUGGGGUAAAUCAUAAUGUAUUCUAGGGAAUGCAUCUAUAGCAUUGAUGACAUUAGCCUUAAAAAAGGUCUUUAUUGUUCCUUCUUCCUCUGCAUCACAUAGUAUAUUAGCAAAGUAGUUUACAGCCCUGUACAGCCUUACAAAGUUGUUUUACAAUUUUUAAUGGAAAGCCCUUAACAAAAAAAUUGUAUCAUAUUACCAGUAUCCAUGAAUUACUGAAUUGCAGUUUGUAAAUAAUUUGUUUACUAUCAGAAGGCCAAAGAAAGUCCUAAAAUUUUAGCUAUUCACUCUAUGGUGACUUCACAAUAAGAUUUCUGUGCAAAAGGUAAGGUGAUAUUUGAUCAAAUAGACAUUUUUUUUAUGUCCAUGAGAGCUAGACUUCCAUAUUAGCUUCUAUUAAAAAGCUCAUUCCAUUUUAUUAAAAUGUUUGUAAUUGCAAUUUUCUGUUUAAUGUUUGUCUUUUUUUUCUCUAGCAUUUAGGUGACUGUUCAGCAGUUUGCUAUAUGGCCAUUGUUGGCCUUAAACUGCACUAGUAACAAGCAUGGUAUUUAUCUUGUAUUGAAAAUAAAACAAAGUUUUGAUAAAA